CUAUCCCGGGCCCCCCAAGUACCGAAUGACUGCGGAUCGCAGCCCAAAGUUUCCUCCAGGCUCCGUUUCUCUGCCUACUGGGUCAUCGCUCUGGGGCUUCUGAGCAUCAUUCUUAUGACUUUGCUGACAGUCAGAUGGAUUCUGUGCCAGGGUUCCAAGGAGUCCCCCUGUGUCCAGUGUCCCAGCUGCCCAGACCUCUGGCUGAGGCACAGCAACCACUGCUACUAUUUCUCAGUGGAGCAGAGGGACUGGAAUUCCAGCCGACAGUUCUGCCUGGCCGAGCAGGCGCAGCUGCUCAUGUUUGCCGACAGCCAGGAAAUGAACCUGUUCAGCAGUUUCUUCCAUGAGAAAUUUCACUGGAUCGGGCUGAGGAACAGAUCCGGUUGGCGGUGGGAAGAUGGAUCCGCUCUCAAUUUCUCAAGGAUUCUCCUCAACAGCCCCGUGCAGAGGUGCGGCGCCCUGAGCAAGGACGGGCUGCAGGCCUCCAGCUGCGAAGCGGCGCUACCGUGGGUGUGCAAGAAGGGGCGCCAGUGA